CAAUAUAUUCACAAGUUUUUAAUGUUACUGUUGCAGAAAACACAGGGAAACACGCGCUUGCUAACAUCAUGGCGCGACUAACAGUCUUGGCUGGAUUGUCACUUCUGAUGUGCCUUCAAAUGGCAUCUUCUUAUAAACUGGUGUGCUACUUCACCAACUGGUCCCAGUACAGACCAAGCAUUGGUAGAUUUCUGCUGAAUAAUAUAGACGCCAACCUCUGCACACACCUGGUCUAUGCUUACUCAAAAAUCAGCAAGACUAACGAGCUGGCCAAAUAUGAGUGGAAUGAUUAUGAGCUCUACAGAACCUUCAAUAAUCUCAAGUUCAGAAACCCCCACCUGAAGACUCUGUUGGCUGUCGGCGGGUCGACUUUUGGAACCGAGCAAUUUACCAUCAUGUCUGCAUCUGCUGCCAACCGGCAGACAUUCAUACAGUCUGCUAUCAGGAUCUUGAGACAGUAUGACUUUGAUGGGUUAAGCCUGGAUUGGGCAUUUCCUGGAACACAAGGAAGUCCUCCAGAAGACAAGCAGAGGUACACUGUGCUCUGCAAGGAAGUACGUGCUGCUUUUGAACAAGAAGCAGCUCAAACCCAAAAAUCACGUCUGCUGCUGAUAUCUGCAGUGGGUGCAAGGAAGGAUAUAAUUGACAAAGCCUAUGAGAUUGGUGAACUGAGUAGGGUCUUGGACUUCAUCAAUGUCAUGACCUAUGACUUCCACGGGUUGUGGGAGCCAGUCACUGGUCACAACAGUCCUUUAUAUCGCAGUAACAUUGAUCAGGCCAACAGCACUGACCUCAAUGUGGAUUUUGCCAUGAAAUACUGGCGAGACAAUGGCGCUCCUGCAGGAAAACUCAUUGUUGGUUUCGCAACAUACGGACGCCCAUUUCGCUUAGCUUCAGCAGCUAAUGAACUUGGAUCACCAGCUCAGGGAUUACCCUCACUUGGCAUCUACACCGGUAAUCGCGGAUAUUGGUCCUACUAUGAGAUUUGCACCUUCCUACAGGGAGCUGGUAUCCAUUGGAUUGAGGAGCAAAAGGUCCCCUAUGCCACAAAGGGAAAUGAGUGGGUUGGGUUUGAUAACAAGCAAAGCUUUUCUGCCAAGGUCAAGUAUCUGAAAGAAAACGGGUUUGGAGGAGCUCUUGUUUGGUCGCUGGAUUUGGAUGACUUUUAUGGGCAGCUUUGCGGGCAGGGAAGUUACCCGCUCAUUAGACACGUGCGCAGUCUUCUGGAUCCAGGUUUUCCAACUCCACCUCCUGGCGUCAAUUUCUGUUCUGGAAAACCUGACGGUCUCUAUGUAAAUCCGAAUGAUGCACACACCUUUUAUCAGUGCUCUAACGGGUACACUUACAUCCAGAGAUGCCCAGCUGAUCUUGUUUAUAACGACAGAUGCAAAUGCUGUGUGUACAAAUCACUUCCAGAGAUGCCCAGCUGA